GAGUACUGCCCAGACCGGCGGGGCCUAAGCUGGGCAUUAAAUCAUGUGUUACCUUCCUUCCCUGUUGAUUGUUGCAGUGGCGGAGACGGAGAGGAAGGCCAUGAGCGGAAUACUUAAGAGAAGGUUUGAGGAGGUGUCCUCCUCGCCGUGCUCCUCGUUGCGGGAGUCUGAUUACGAGGUCUCCUGCAGCGAGAGCGGGGACAGCAGCGACAGUGUCAACCCCUCGGCCUCGGGUACCUUCACCCCUGACUCCAUACUGAAGCGAGAGAAGCGUGUGAGGACGAGGAGGGUGCACUUUGAGAACGUGACGGUGUACUACUUCAGCCGGCGCCAGGGUUUCACCAGUGUGCCCAGUCAGGGAGGCAGUACGCUGGGCAUGUCCAACAGACACAGCUGUGUCAGGCAGUUCUCCCUGGGAGAGUUUGCCCUGGAGCAGGAGAGGAUCCACAGAGACAUGCUCCGAGAUCAUCUGAAGGAGGAGAAGAUCAACUCCAUUAAACUCAAGCUGACUAAGAACGGUACAGUGGAGUCGGAGGAGGCCAACACGCUCACGGCUGAGGACAUCUCUGACGAUGACAUUGAUCUGGAAAACACGGAGGUGGACGAGUACUUCUUCCUCCAGCCCCUCACCACGAAGAAGCGUCGGGCUCUGCUGCGGACCUCGGGGGUGAAGAAAAUUGACGUGGAGGAGAAGCACGAGCUGCGGGCCAUCCGGUUGUCCAGGGAGGACUGUGGCUGCGACUGCAGAGUGUUCUGUGACCCAGAGACAUGUGCGUGCAGCGUAGCAGGAAUCAAAUGUCAGGUGGACCGCAUGUCUUUUCCCUGUGGCUGUACCAAGGAGGGGUGUAGCAACGCGGCCGGCCGGGUGGAAUUUAACCCCAUCCGUGUACGGACCCACUUCCUGCACACCAUCAUGAAGCUAGAGCUGGAGAAAAGCCGCGAGCAGCAGCAGGCCUCCUCUGCCAAUGGUUACCAUGGCGAAAGCAACGGCCACAGCCACGGCAACCCGCUGGUCCAGACCCAACAUAGUCUGGAGUACUCUCUGACAGACCCAACACUUCAACAGUCUGCCAUCAUGCACCUCCAGACAGCUGACAACAUGGAAGAGCCUCUAGAUGAUGAGGAUGAGGACGAUGAGGAGAAUGAGGAGGAUGAGGAGGACGAAGAGGACAACAGCAGUUUAUGCAGCGGACUGUCUGACUCCAGCACUCAGAGCUUGGCUAACAGUGACUCUGAGGAAGAGGAGGACGAUGAGGAGGAGAAGUCGGAGGACUUUGAGGAUGGUGUGAGCACGCCGCCUGUGUCCCACACAGAGGUUGUUCCCCUGUCCUCUGUGUUGUGUUACUCUGAUGGCACCUUGCCACAGGACAACCACAUUGAAAAGCACAUGAAUGGAAACUCUUAUUUACUCAGCUCCCAAGCCGAGUAUUAUCAGCAGGAGAACCCCAGUGCUGUUGCCUCUGCCAACGGGACGGCCAGCCAACCCAAUGAAACUUACGGAGAGGCCUUAUCAUUCCCACACCCAGUUAGCACUAGCAACGGGGCCAUGCCACAAGGACCAUUCAACAUGGCCGCCGACAAGGCAGAGCACUACACAGACUACCCCCACCAGGCUGAGGAACAGUACACCAAUCAACACUUUACCCUGACCAACGGCAGAGCAGCAACCACUGCCAUGGGCUGCUGCACACCUGACCUGGAAAACAACAUGGUCCAAUCUAAAGGAACAUUCCCUGAGCAGCCUGGGGGCAUUAGCCAGAUGGAGUUCCACAACAACUACCUGAACAAUAAGAGCUCCCAGGAAGGCUACGGUAGUAAUGGGAAGUGUUUUGUAGCAGAGCAGCCAAAGGAAGUGUCUAGUGCUCAUGAUUUGUCUGAAGGGCCUUCUCUAGCAGACAGUACAAAGACACCUGCAUUAGCAGAGAAUCUCCCCCAGGUCGCACCAGUUUAGUUGGCCUAGCUUGCCUGUCUGUAGACUUCAUGUUGUGUCUUUUCUUAAUGAACGACCCACUGGGCACAGUUCAAUGUCAACUAACGUGAAUUCAAUGUGAAAUAAACAAAAAAUGUUAAUUUGUCAUUUAGGUUAAAAGCUAGGUGAAAGAAAAUACUAAAUGCCCUUACAUUGAUAAUUUUUUGCAAAUCCAAUCAGUUUUCGACAUUGAUUCAAUGUCAUCGCAUAGAUUUUUGGGUUGAAAUGACGUGGAAACAACAUUGAUUCAACCAGUUUUUGGCCCGUGGGAAGGCUGACCAAGUGUUGAAGAUCUUUAUGGCCUUUAAUGGGAACUAAACUUUCCAAGUAAUUCGCAAGACCAUACAUUACAUUGACAUUACUUAGCUACAGGUUCCAUGAUGAGAAACAUUUCUAAUGAACCCGCUGAUUUCUAGUAUUCUAAAGUGCAAGAUGGAAUCAGUCAACAAAAACUGAACGCUAUAAGCCUGUGCAUUGCAUCUCGUAAUUUAAAGGUAAAGUUUUAAGAAUAUAUUGUGAGUGGGACUUUUCUAUGUCUGUGUCAAAUGUGCAAAAAAAAUAUUGUCACAGUUUAUUUAUUGGUUCUGAAGUAUGUGUAUACUUAUGUUUUGAUAACUAUAAAUGCAUGUUCUUUUGGGUCUUUCAAUGGCAUUUACGAGAAAUUGACCAUGGUCAAUUUGGGUUGAUAAAAUCUGUCUCAAUGUACUGUACAAACCUUAUUAUUGUGUUGUCACUUGUAAAUCCACGCUUUUAUAUGGUCUUAUAACAGACUACCACUUGUAUUUAUUUAUUUUGAAUUAUAAUGCCAAGAGCAUCAUUUCAUUGGAAACAUUCAAGUGUUUAGACUACGAAUGUAGUACUUUGACAGCUCUCAAAGACCAUAUACAGCUAUCAAAUAUAUGGGAACAACAGGACAAUAAUAUGAUCAGUAAAUCAUAUUUUAUGGGGCUUUAAUUUAAAAAUAAACAUGGCAUAAUAAAAAAUACAAAACUGGGGACAACAUAGGUAUUGCUGAGUUGGACAGGGAAAUGAUUUCAAGUACAUAUUUACACAAACGUUCCAUUCUCUUAUGACAACUGACAGUAAAUACCUGAAGAGAUUGGUUGUACAGACGAGAACAUUAUGGUGUGACACAAUUAUUGAAGUGUGAAGAGCAAUAAUAACAGGGCAUUUUGAAGGUUUUAAUGAAAGCCAUGUCACACUCUUGAGAGCCACAUCAGGCAUUUGAGGUCGGACAAUCAAGCAAGCCUACGAUUCAUAUCAGCGCCAAGUUAGAGAAUGACAGAUCAGCCUGGGAGAAAAGACAUUGGGAGAAAAGGCCCUUGAACGUAAGGCCAUUGAACAGAAUGCUCCAUAUUUUGUAUUGCUACAACUGUAUUAAAACGUUAGGGACAGCCUUUACAAUGAAAUACCAACAUUCCCUCUCCAUAAAAGGAGUGGGCAGCCCUGCAUGUAUCCCUGUCUAAGUCUGCACCUUGUCUCUAUUCAACCAACACUACUUGAUUUGUGAUUCUGCACCUGACUGAAACACAAAAUAAUGUUACCUCACCUCAUUGGCAAACAAAGUGUAUCCAGCUGUCAGCCAAUCAGUGCUACUGUAUGGACUGUACAGUAUCAGUGCCAAAGCAUUUAAGGGAAGGCAAGAUACAGUAACAUCGCAUCCAAUUGAGUAAUUCUGCUGUGUUUAUGAUUUUCAGUAUUUAUUAUGAAUGAUAUAUUGAAAUGUGUAUUUAUUGUGCUUUACUGAACUGUCUGUAUUGGAUAAAAACAUGUUUCUGUCUAAAAUGUUGCUCGUUUCAUGACGGUUGUGAGUCGUACAGCUCCAUGUGCCUGAUUUCCUUAUAUCGCUUACUAUAAUGUGAAACAGAAUACUUUUUGUAUGGAAUGGUAUAAAUGUUUCAAUGUGUGUUUGGUUUCUUAACGUUAGAUAAAGCCAAAAUGUUAUGCAAUUUUUUUGUUGCGUUUUUGCUUUAACAAUACAUGACCUUUAAAUAAAAUGAAACCAUGUGUUGUUUUUCUUUAUACGUUUAGCUUGAACAACUUUUAUUUAGAAAAAGGGUACACCAACAACCCAGUAAGGAUGGGUCAAGGAUGAAUUCCUUUGUGCACAGCGCCCUCUCCCGUUGAACAUAAGAAAUGGUGAAGAAUGGUACUCAUGUCAUACAGCAUAGGUAUGAAACUCAUUCCAUGGAGGACCUGGCAUCCACAGGUUUCACACCCUUGUACUUGAUUGAUGAAUGAAGGUCACUAAUUACUAAUGAUCUCACCUCACCAUCUCGGGCUUAAUUGAAAAGUAAACAGACACUAGGCCCUCCAUGGAACGAGUUCGACACCCCUGCCGUAUUCAGUCAUUGUACUCAUUACAGAGUUCCUUUUACUAAAAUGGAAAACCUCAAGGAUCCAAACAAAAGGCACACAGUUCUAAUUAAUUGACAGACUGCAAUAGACCCAUCUGUUUCUCAGUCCCAGACAUAUUCAAAUAGUUAAAAUUCUAACAUUCCAUUGUCAGUCAGCAUUCUCCCAUCGAUUCGUAUAAACUAGCCCACACCCUUGCAUCUAAACACUGACAUUUGUGUGAUACUGGGAGCUCUGAGA